AUGGAAAUAGCAAUAGCUGUGGUACAAAUGCAAGACAAAAAACUCGAUAAAAUUAAUGCAAAUGCAUUUAAGGUAUUUCUCGUUAAUGAGCCCUGUUCAUCAUCACGACAUGAAAUUCGAUUACAAUUACCUCGUUGUCAUGUAUCAUCUAAUGAUGAUCCCAGUGAAAUAGCAUUACGUUUUGUUCAAUAUCAUUGCAGAAAAUGGCCACGACGAGCAUUUGAAGUACCAUUAUGGCAUGAUAAUGAGUUAAUGUCGCAAAACAGGUCAUCAAAUACGACAUCUGUACAAUUUUCAUUAUACUGCAUUCCACUUAUUGAAAACGAGGAUGAAUUUACAAAACUGACUAAAAUUGGCAAUUUUGAAGCACUUUCCUCUGUUUCCAAAUGUUGUCAAAUUGAACCCAAUUGUUUCUCGGUGGAAACAUGUCAUUGUAUUUUACAACUUGAAAGAUGGCUUCAUGAUCAGCAAUGUAGUAAUACGAAUUUUCUUGCUCGAUUUUUUUUUCUACCACCUGCAAAGAUGCGAAUUCGAGAAUGUGCGCAUAAUCCUGCUUAUGAACAUGAACAAUCCACACUCUGUCACAAACGAAUAAUGGAUUACGAUCGAAAUUCAAGUAGUACAAAGAAAUCAUGCGAUUUAGCUGACGAAGUAAGACGAAGUAAUAAUGCACGAGCAAAAAUGAUGGGUUAUGAAAAAUAUGAUAUGUUUAUUAUUAAUCCAAUCUUUGGUACUGGUUUACACUAUGAUAAUGCCAAUGAGCUACAAUAUUAUGCAAAAGGUGUAACACCUCGAGAAAAUAUCUCAUCAUCAUCAAGUUCAAAUGGUGAAUGUUGGUCCGAAAAAUAUCCAUUACAUAAAGCAGCACAUGAUGAUAAUGUUGAUGAUAUAAGACGAUUAUUGAUACAAGGAAUGACAGCAAAUGAAAAAGAUAAUGCAUCAUGGACACCAUUGCAUUAUUGCGUUUUUUAUAAUAAUUUACGAGCAACAGAGGUAUUACUAUUGCAUCAAGGUACAGAUGUUAAUGCUUCAAAUAAAGUUGGUUCAACAGCAUUACAUUUUGCAGCAUUACAGGGAAAUGUUUAUAUGGUUGAAUUAUUGCUUUCACAUUCAAAAAUUGACGUAGAUGCAAAAGAUAAUAGUGGACGACGUCCCAUAGAUAUUUGCGCAUGUGUACCUAAAUUAGAAUAUCAAAAAGUGGCAAAAUUAUUACUCAAUUGGAAACGACUUAAUAAAAUACAAGUGGAAUUAAUGGACGGUGGUAAUGCUCAAUUACUAUUAAAACAUGGCCAAGAUACAACAGCUGAAGAAUUGCAUGCGGAAAUGUGCAAAGAAUUGAAAUUUAAUAGUGAUAGUGGGAAAUUAUUUGCAAUGUGGAUUUGUUCAGAUCGUUUAAGUUUACAAUUAAAAGCAGAUCAUAAACCUAUGUUGCAUAUGAAUAAAUGGAAAAGUAAAAUAGCAAAAUUUGGAAAUGAAAUACUUCAAUCAAACGAUGAUGAUGCACCGAAAAUUUUCUUCCGUCGUGAUGCUCGUUUAACAUUACAAAAGGAAAAAAUGGCGAUAUUAACACCAAUGGCACUUUCACUACUGUACGAAGAAUGCCGUUUGAAUUAUUUAAAAGGAUUAUAUCCAUGUUCCGAUCAUGACCUCACAUCACUUGCUGCUAUUAUGUUACAUAUUAUUUAUGGUGUUAAUAUUCAAUUAAAUGAUCAAAUGCUAGCAUCUGUAAUACCCAUACAUCGAUUACCGACAACAGCAAAUACACUAAAACAAAUGCGUUCACGAAUUGAAUUUGAGCACCAAACACGAAAACGAACUAAUUUAAUUAAAUUACAACAAGAAUUUCUACAAAUUUGUUGGCGUUUCAGCGUUUAUGGUGCAACAUUUUUUGAUGCUAUCGCUUUUAUGAAUAAGCCAGUGAAACUUAGUGUACCUGUACAUGCCGGUGUAAAUGAUUAUGGUUUACAUUUGAUCAAUGCUCAGACGAAAAAUCUCUUCCAGAGUUAUUCGUUGAAAAAUUUGAAAUGGAUGAUGAAAACGGAUCGACCAUAUAUUCAAAUAUAUGCAAAAACGGAUGUCGACCUUACACUAAGUACACCUCAAGCAAGUCAUAUUAAUAGUCUAUUAACAAGACUAAGAAAUGCUGCUGAAUGA